GAAGUGUCCUGUUGUGAUGCUAUUGUGAUGCUAUAGGAGUCACGAAGUAUAUAGCCUCGCACGCAUACGGUUUCACUCAAGCUUCGCAUGUUGGUCACUUCUUUUCAUACUCGGUGCAAUCCGAUUUUCUAAGCCUCAAUCAUGGACACUGAUGACUUUCUUAAGAAGAUCGGUCAGUUUGGCCCGUUCCAGAAGCGUGUCCUGGCCAUGUUCUUGUUUAUUUUCUUCCCGAUUACUUACCAAACUCUAAUCAUGGUGUUCGUGGCUUAUGAACCGCCAUGGAUGUGCGCGUCCAACAGUACAGCCUGCCUUCAAGCCAACGCUACUGGACGAGAAGUCUUUAGCACCAGCACCAAACCUAUAGCGUUGUACGAGAGAAGAUGCUCUCUGAACAGAUCUGACUGGAAGUUUGCUGAUUAUGAUUUGUACGAAGGACCUCAUAAAACUAUUGUUACAGAGUUUGACCUGGUAUGUGGUCGGAGUAUCUACGGAUGGUUGGCUAACUCUAUCCUCUUCUUUGGCUGGGCCGUGGGAGCUCUGGUCCUCGGCGCUAUCUCCGACAAAUAUGGCCGACGAAGUGUUCUUUUUCCUUCCAUUACCCUCGUCAUCGUCCUAACAUUCUGUCUUUCAUUCUCCAAAGUAGUCUCUCUUGCCAUUGCUCUGAGGUUCUUCGUUGGUGUUUUCGAAGGUGGCAGUGUUUUGACCAUGUUCGUGUUGUCCGCAGAGCUCGUAGGCCCUUCAAAACGAGCCUUGUCUAGUACGUUGGUCUGGUUCUACUUUGCAUUGGCCCUGAUGAUUUUAGGACUGAAAGCAUUUUUUAUACGAGAUUGGCGACUGUUGUGUAUUAUAUCAUCAGUGCCUUUCUUGUUUGUGCUCAUCUUUUGGAAGCUCGUACCAGAAUCGGUACGUUGGCUGUUAGUAUCUGGCCACAAAGAUAAAGCUCUAGAAAUACUACAGAAAGUCGCAAAAGUAAACAAGCAAGAAAUGCCCAAGSAUGACUUAAAUGUUCCCUACUCUCCUCCCAAUAAGGGAUGUUUUGAGCUCUUUGCUAGCAAGAAGCUAGUAAUUUCGACGCUUAUACAGUGCUACGCAUGGUUCGUGAACGGGAUGGUAUAUUAUGGUGUAUCGAUGAGCUCUGGUGAAUUGGGUGGCAGUAUCUACCUUAACUUUGUCCUGACCAGUCUGGUAGAGAUUCCAGCAAAUAUGUUGGUUAUUGACAACUGUAACAGGUUUGGUCGUAAGAAGACUGUAGUUUGGCAUUUUAUUGCUGGUGCUAUCGCGUGUGUAGCUGUGUCAUUUAUCCCAGCAGGAACUAAUAAUACUGGAUAUAUCGUCGGGCGAGUCGCUGGAGGAAUGCUGGGUAAACUAUUCAUCACAGUAUCCUUCAACGGCAUUUAUGUCUUCUCUGCUGAACUCUUUCCCACCGUCGUUAGGAACAGUGGCAUGGGUUUAAUGACGAUUACCAGUCGCGUUGGCGCAGCCACGGCCCCUUUCAUCGUGCAGUUGACUCGCGUCAAUAGUGUACUUCCUUUUGCGGUGAUGGGAGUCGCUACGAUCGUCGCUGCUAUUGGCUGUUGGUUCUUACCUGAGACCAACGGAAAACCCACCCGGGAGGUGAUAGGCGAUGGCGAAGAGGAAAAAAAUGCAAAUAAAGUUUUGCUGACAGAUAUGAAACCGUCAGCAGAAAACGGCGAGACAAAUGAAAAUAGUCCGAAAGAAAAGGAAGAAAAGGUUGAAGACGACGAAGGAAAAGAAACAGAAAAAUUGAUGGAGCCUUGAAUCUUGUUGAUGCAUGAUAUUUUAGCAAGAACAAAAAUAAAUUGGGAAAAUAAUAAAUUAAUGUAACCGUUCGUGCAUUGCACGGAA